CGCCGCCUUCUCCUCCACCACACCCUCUCCACCCCACGCACACUUCGCAGCCAUGGCACGCAACAAGGAAAAGGCGCAGAGCAUGCUCUACCGCUUCCGCGAGGCACAGGCCGCCGAGCUCGGCAUCAACACGGGCCGCAAGAGCGGCGAACUGCGCCCGCGCCUCGCCAGCGCGUGCAAGAGCCUCAAGGAGUGCGAAAAGUGGCGCAGCGACGUGCUGCGCGACAUCAGCCGCAAGGUCAGCAAGAUCCAGGACUUCGGCCUGACCGACUACGAGGUGCGCGACCUCAACGACGAGAUCAACAAGUGCAUCCGCGAAAAGGGCCACUGGGAGCGCCAGAUUGUGGCCCUCGGCGGCGCAAACUACCGCCGCGGCAUGGGGCGCAUGCUCGACGACAGCGGCAAGGAGGUGCCCGGCACGCGCGGGUACAAGUACUUCGGCCGCGCCAAGGACCUUCCCGGCGUCAAGGAGCUGCUGAACUGGACAGACGAGCAAGAGGCCGAGCUCGAGACGUACCGCUCGCAGAAGUACAAGCGCUUCGCGCAGCAGCCGCCAGCGUAUUUCGGCGACGCAGACGAGGACGACGGCGAGCUGCUGGCGUUCGAGACGGGCGCGGAGGAGGAGGCAUGGCGCGAUGGCUGGAGCGGCUUGCUGGAGGAGCUGGGCGAGGAGCUCGAGGGCGGCCUCGAGGCGGUGCCUGCGAUUCCGCGGCCAACGCCGACCAGCCUCGGCAAGCUGCGCGAGCAGACGGCAGCACAGCAGUCCGAGCCGGCAGCGCCCAAGGGCAAGGGCAAGCGCGCAGCCGGGCGUGGCGGACGCAGUGCCGCUGCGAAGAAGACACGCGGCGAUGGCGCCGUAGCACCAGCUGAGGACGGCACGGCGGAGCAGGAGGACACGGAGAUGGCCGACGGCGAGCAGGCAGACGGCGCAGCAGCACCACGGCCGGCCGGCGACGACGCACGCAUCCAGGCCGUGUUCAGCGUGCUGGACCCCGCCGAGCUGCAGUUCCCGCACAUGCCGGACCGGAAAGAGACGGAGCAGUUCCUGCUGCAGGCGCGCAAGAAGGCGCUGCGGGAACAGUACAUCGGCUAG